GCGCGCCUGUAGGAAGCCAGUCGACAUUUGUAACGGCUCUUGAACCUACAUUCUGCGGUCAACUCACACUGCAGACUUAUAUUUUUCACUUUGAAAUAAAGCUCCAUUCAUAAACAUCAAACUGGACUCUCGGCGGAUAGUUAUUUACUCCUGUUGACUUUCGUGUCAACUUUCCCGCACCGUUUCUUGGGACAUGGGUGCGAGGCGCGAUGUGCCAACUUUUCUGGCUCUAUCCACAUUUCUAUUCAUUGCAACAUGUGAGCCAAUGGAUAAGCAAGAUAUGCAAGUCAUUGACAUGCUAACCCUGGACUCCAAGACCAGUGUGUCUGCGGUGGAGAAGGUGACAGGUGCCAUGAGUGUGCUCAGUGACAUCUACAUCGUGUCCACAUUCCGCCUGCCUCCCAAGAUGGGAGGGGUGCUGCUGGGCCUCUACAGCAAAGAGGAGAACAAGAAGUACCUGGAGCUGGCCAUCAUGGGAAAGAUCAAUAAAGCUCUGGUGCGUUACGUGAGGGAGGAUGGCAAAAUUCACACAGUGAACCUCCAGAGCGCAAACCUGGCUGAUGGUCGCACACACUCCAUUAUUCUCCGGGUUGGAGGCCUGCGCAGAGACAACCUACACCUGGAGCUCUACGUCAAUUGUCGAUUGGCUGACUCCAGCCAGGGCCUCCCUCCAUUGGUCCCUCUCUCUGCGGAGAAGGUGGAGAUUCGUAAUGGCUUCAAGGCCUACGCAAGGCUACAGGGCGCUGUGGAGUCCCUCAAAAUGGCUCUAGGGGGCAGUGUGGCCAAAGCAGGUGCCCUGACAGACUGUCCAUUCCAGGGGGAUUCAUCAGUCUACAACACAGUCGGUGCGACUGCAGAAGUGAACUCCAUUCUAGGUGACCACACUAAGGCUCUGAUUGGUCAGCUAAUCAUCUUUAACCAGAUCCUAGGAGAGCUGCGAGAGGACAUCAGAGAGCAGGUGAAGGAGAUGUCCCUGAUUAGGAACACCAUUCUGGAGUGCCAAGUGUGUGGCUUCCACGACCCUCGUUCCCCCUGCUCCCCCAACCCCUGUUUUAAGGGUGUGUCCUGCAUGGAGACCUUUGACUACCCAGGGUACCGCUGUGGUCCCUGCCCAGAGGGCAUGAUGGGCAACGGAACCCACUGCCAGGACAUUGACGAGUGUUCCAUAGCCCAGCCCUGCUACUCUCCAGGUGCGUGUAUAAACACAGUGAAGGGUUUCAGCUGUGAGCUCUGUCCCCCUGGUCUCUGGGGCCCACCCGUCUUUGGGGUCGGACUGGAGUACGCCAAGCACCACAAGCAGGAGUGUGUAGACAUCGAUGAGUGUAUUGAAGUUGCCAACGCCUGUGUGCCCCACUCCAUGUGUACCAACACCAUCGGCUCGUUCAGGUGUGGUGGCUGUAAGGUGGGUUACUUGGGGAACCAGACAGUGGGCUGCGUGCCCCGUAGGUCCUGUGCCACACUCAGCUUUAACCCCUGUGAUGCCAACGCCCACUGCAUUAUAGAGAGGAACGGAGAGGUGUCCUGUGCGUGCAACAUUGGCUGGGCCGGUAACGGGAACACUUGUGGCACAGAUACAGACAUUGAUGGAUACCCAGACCGCUCUCUACCCUGUAUGGACAAUGACAAGCACUGUAAACAGGACAACUGUGUUUACACACCCAACUCAGGCCAGGAGGACGCAGACAACGAUGGCAUCGGAGACCAGUGUGACGAGGACGCAGAUGGGGACGGCAUCAAGAAUGUGGAGGAUAACUGUCGACUAGAACCCAACAAAGAUCAGCAGAACUCAGACACAGACUCUUUCGGUGACGCCUGUGACAACUGUCCCAAUGUCCCUAACAUUGACCAGAAGGAUACGGACAGCAACGGGCAAGGAGACGCCUGUGACAAUGACAUAGAUGGAGAUGGUAUCCCCAACGUGCUGGACAACUGCCCCAAGGUCCCCAACCCCAUGCAGACAGACAGGGACGGAGACGGGGUAGGAGACGCCUGUGACAGCUGCCCUGAGAUCAGCAACCCCAUGCAGACGGACAUUGACAAUGACCUGGUGGGGGAUGUGUGUGACACUGACCAGGACACGGAUGGGGACGGUCACCAGGACUCCAGGGACAACUGCCCUGACCAUCCCAACAGCUCCCAGCUGGACUCGGACAACGAUGGCCUUGGGGAUGACUGUGACGAUGACGAUGACAAUGACGGGAUCCCAGACGUUCAAGACAACUGCAGACUUAUCACCAACCCCAACCAGAAAGAUUCUAACAGUAACGGGGUGGGCGACGUGUGUGAGAACGACUUUGACAACGAUUCAGUCUGGGAUCUGAUUGAUGUGUGCCCUGAGAGUUCAGAGGUCACACUGACAGACUUCAGAGCCUAUCAGACAGUCAUUCUGGAUCCAGAGGGCGAUGCCCAGAUCGAUCCCAAUUGGGUGGUGCUCAAUCAGGGCAUGGAAAUAGUUCAGACCAUGAACAGUGAUCCUGGUUUAGCUGUGGGCUACACAGCGUUCAAUGGGGUGGACUUUGAGGGCACCUUCCACAUCAACACGGUGACGGACGACGACUAUGCAGGCUUCAUCUUCGGCUACCAGGACUCCUCUUCCUUCUACGUGGUGAUGUGGAAACAGACAGAGCAGACCUACUGGCAGUCGACACCCUUCAGGGCCAUGGCCCAACCUGGCCUGCAGCUCAAAGCAGUGAAGUCCCGUACAGGGCCUGGUGAGUACCUGCGUAACGCCCUGUGGCACACAGGGGACACCAACGAGGAGGUGAAGCUCCUGUGGUCGGACCCACGGAAUGUGGGCUGGAGAGACAAGACGUCUUACCGCUGGCAGCUCAGCCACAGGCCCCAGGUGGGAUACAUCAGGGUGAAGUUAUAUGAGGGGACGGAGAUUGUGGCUGACUCUGGCGUGGUGAUUGACACUACCAUGAGAGGCGGACGACUGGGGGUCUUCUGUUUCUCCCAAGAGAACAUCAUCUGGUCCAACCUGCGCUACCGCUGCAACGACACUGUUCCAGACGACUUCAACCCAUAUCGCAAACAGGUCCUGCUGCACAUCAAGGUGUGAGAUGAUUCGAGGAUGUGUGAGUGCUGAGGCAUAUAGAUGAGUAACCUGUCCAGCACUGUCUAUCUACACAAUCAGUCACACACACAUUCACACACACACACUCUUACUGCCUCUCAGUACAGACUUCCAACUGCUGUUAAAAUGUUUGUGACUGUGUCUGCCCAUGAGUGAAAGGGGAGGGGUUUCAGAGUUGUGGUAAAGGAAGAAGAAGAACCAAUUUACAACAUUGUUAUUAUACCAGACUGGAAAGCAAAAAGGUACAGAGACUUUGGAAGAAAGUAUACAUGAUAAUUCAUGUAUGUAGGACUGUGUUACUUUUAGGUACGAGUUGCUGUUCUUGCCCUCAAUUUCACUGUAUGAGCGGUGGUUGUGUGAAUGACAGCGGUUAACCGUUGAGUUUGACUGCUACGUUAGGUGUGAGUGCUGUUGUUGCUUUGUGUUUUUGUAUUUACAGCUAUUAUAGGAAUAAAUGGAUUCCAUUUUGUGUUUUAAGACCGAACAGUUAAAAGAUGUGUUUUUCCAUCUCAUAUCUAACUGUAAAAUAAAAACCAUAAGCUAACGUUACAGGGAUGAUGGGAAUUUUGAUAAAUACUGUACAUCCUCUGGAUAUGAAACUCCUGGUAACUCUGUCAUGAUCAGAUAAUGUCAUCUCAGCAGCAAAAUACAGAUCUGUCACAAGAGACUGUAGACUUGCAGUUAUUUACCCAUAUUACGUUAAGCCUUUAAUAGUGGAAUUAUGUCCCUAUUUUGAAUAAAUGUGUAUCUCUGU